AUGACAAAAUACUUGUGGUCCUUCAUGCUCAUCCUCAUCAUUCCAGUGGCUCUGGCAGUUGGUGCCGAUCAAGCCAAGAAUGAAGUGAAGGCGUUGAGGUACUUUGAAUCCAUCAACAUCUCGAAUGCCAAUGUGAAGCAGUGUGUAUGGUUUGCUAUGAAAGAAUACAAUAAGGGAAGCAAGGACAAGUAUGUCUUCCUCGUGGACAGGACACUGCAUGCCAAGCUUCAGAUUACAGACCGCAUGGAAUACCAGAUUAACGUUCAGAUCGCCCGUAGCAAUUGUAAAAAGCCUCUAAACAAUACUGUGAACUGUGUCACUCAAAAAAACUCCAAACUGGAAAAGAAAGUAAAUUGCAGCUUUUUGGUAGGAGCGCUUCCCUGGAAUGGCGUGUUCACCCUGUUGGACAAGGACUGCAAAGAUAUCUAA